GAUGGCCUUGGAGGGCAUCAGGCUGGCACUUCCUUAUGAGGGAAGUACGAAUGACCAGAUGUGCCAACAGGAGCUUGGGAGACUUAGACGCCUGGCCUGGAGCUGCUCUGUGCCUACCUGUCUUGGAUGAGAUUGACAUUCGAGAAAUCAAGGAGAUCCGCCCAGGGAAGACUUCACGGGACUUUGAUCGCUAUCAAGAGGACCCUGCUUUCCGACCAGACCAGUCACAUUGCUUUGUCAUCCUGUAUGGGAUGGAAUUCCGCCUGAAGACCCUGAGUUUGCAAGCUACAUCUGAGGAUGAAGUGAACAUGUGGAUCAAGGGCUUGACUUGGCUGAUGGAGGACACAUUGCAGGCAGCCACACCCCUGCAGAUUGAGAGGUGGCUGCGGAAGCAGUUCUACUCGGUGGAUCGGAAUCGUGAGGAUCGUAUAUCAGCCAAGGACCUGAAGAAUAUGCUGUCCCAGGUCAACUACCGGGUCCCCAACAUGCGCUCCCUCCGAGAGCGUCUGACGGACCUGGAGCUGCGCAGCAGCGAUAUCACCUAUGGGCAGUUUGCUCAGGUGUACCGCAGCCUCAUGUACAGCGACCAGAAGACGAUGGACCUCCCCUUCUUGGAAGCCUGCGCCCCAAGGGCAGGGGAGCGGCCGGAGCUCUGCCGAAUGUCCCUUCCGGAGUUCCAGCAGUUCCUCCUUGAGUACCAGGCGGAGCUGUGGGCUGUCGACCGACUCCAGGUGCAGGAGUUCAUGCUCGACUUCCUCCGAGACCCCUUGAGAGAGAUUGAGGAGCCAUACUUCUCCCUGGAUGAGUUUGUCACCUUCCUGUUCUCUAAGGAGAACAGUGUGUGGAACUCGCAGCUGGAUGUGGUGUGCCCGGACACCAUGAACAACCCUCUCUCUCACUAUUGGAUCUCCUCCUCGCACAACACGUACCUGACCGGGGACCAGUUCUCCAGCGAGUCCUCCCUGGAAGCCUAUGCUCGCUGCCUGCGCAUGGGCUGCCGCUGUAUUGAGUUGGACUGCUGGGACGGCCCAGACGGGAUGCCAGUCAUUUACCAUGGACACACCCUUACAACCAAGAUCAAGUUCUCAGACGUCCUGCACACCAUCAAGGAGCAUGCCUUCGUGGCCUCAGAGUACCCGGUCAUCCUGUCCAUCGAGGACCACUGCAGCAUUGCUCAGCAGAGGAACAUGGCCCAGUACUUCAAGAAGGUGCUCGGGGACACACUCCUCACCAAGCCCGUGGACAUUGCUGCCGAUGGGCUCCCUUCCCCCAACCAGCUCAAGAGGAAGAUCCUUAUCAAGCACAAGAAGCUGGCUGAGGGCAGUGCCUAUGAGGAGGUGCCUUCGUCUGUGAUGUACUCUGAGAACGACAUCAGCAACUCCAUCAAGAAUGGGAUCCUCUACCUGGAAGACCCCGUGAACCAUGAGUGGUAUCCCCACUACUUUGUUCUGACCAGCAGCAAGAUCUACUACUCUGAGGAGACCAGCAGUGACCAGGGCAAUGAGGAUGAGGAAGAGCCCAAGGAGGCCAGUGGCAGCACCGAGCUGCACUCCAAUGAGAAGUGGUUCCAUGGGAAGCUUGGGGCAGGACGGGACGGGAGGCACAUUGCCGAGCGCCUGCUGACUGAGUACUGCAUUGAGACCGGGGCCCCUGAUGGCUCCUUCCUAGUGCGCGAGAGCGAGACCUUCGUUGGCGACUACACCCUCUCUUUCUGGCGGAACGGGAAGGUCCAACACUGCCGGAUCCACUCCCGGCAGGAUGCUGGGACCCCCAAGUUCUUCUUGACAGACAACCUUGUAUUUGACUCACUCUAUGACCUCAUCACGCACUACCAGCAGGUGCCCCUGCGCUGCAAUGAAUUUGAGAUGCGCCUCUCGGAGCCUGUCCCCCAGACCAAUGCCCACGAAAGCAAAGAAUGGUACCACGCAAGCCUGACCAGAGCGCAGGCUGAGCACAUGCUGAUGCGCGUCCCCCGUGAUGGGGCCUUCCUGGUGCGGAAACGGAAUGAGCCCAACUCCUACGCCAUCUCCUUCCGGGCUGAAGGCAAGAUCAAGCAUUGCCGCGUCCAGCAGGAGGGCCAGACAGUGAUGCUGGGCAACUCGGAGUUUGACAGCCUUGUCGACCUCAUCAGUUACUAUGAGAAGCAUCCACUGUAUCGAAAGAUGAAGCUGCGCUAUCCCAUCAAUGAGGAGGCACUGGAGAAGAUAGGCACAGCUGAGCCUGACUAUGGGGCCUUGUAUGAGGGACGCAACCCUGGCUUUUAUGUGGAGGCAAACCCUAUGCCGACUUUUAAGUGUGCAGUCAAAGCCCUCUUUGACUACAAGGCGCAGAGAGACGACGAGCUGACUUUCACCAAGAGCGCCAUCAUCCAGAAUGUGGAGAAGCAGGACGGAGGCUGGUGGCGAGGAGACUAUGGUGGGAAGAAGCAACUCUGGUUCCCGUCAAACUACGUGGAGGAGAUGGUCAGCCCAGCAGUCCUGGAGCCUGAGAGGGAGCACUUGGACGAGAACAGCCCCCUGGGGGACUUGCUGCGGGGGGUCUUGGAUGUUCCAGCUUGUCAGAUUGCCAUCCGUCCUGAGGGCAAGAACAAUCGGCCAUUCGUCUUCUCCAUCAGUAUGGCAUCGGUGGCGCAAUGGUCCCUGGAUGUUGCUGCCGACUCACAGGAGGAGCUGCAGGACUGGGUGAAAAAGAUCCGUGAAGUGGCCCAGACCGCAGAUGCCAGGCUCACUGAGGGGAAGAUGAUGGAGCGGAGGAAGAAGAUCGCCCUUGAACUCUCCGAGCUUGUCGUCUACUGCCGGCCUGUUCCCUUCGAUGAAGAGAAGAUUGGCACAGAACGUGCCUGCUACCGGGACAUGUCGUCCUUCCCGGAAACCAAGGCGGAGAAGUAUGUGAACAAGGCCAAAGGCAAGAAGUUCCUGCAGUACAACCGGCUGCAGCUCUCCCGCAUCUACCCCAAGGGCCAGCGGCUAGACUCCUCCAAUUAUGACCCCUUGCCCAUGUGGAUCUGUGGCAGUCAGCUGGUGGCCCUCAACUUCCAGACCCCAGACAAGCCCAUGCAGAUGAACCAGGCCCUCUUCAUGACCGGCGGGCACUGCGGCUAUGUGCUGCAGCCCAGCACCAUGCGGGACGAGGCCUUCGACCCCUUUGACAAGAGCAGCCUCCGAGGGCUGGAGCCACGCGCCAUCUGCAUCGAGGUGCUGGGCGCCCGGCAUCUACCAAAGAAUGGCCGCGGCAUUGUGUGUCCCUUUGUGGAGAUUGAGGUUGCUGGAGCUGAGUAUGACAACAACAAGCAGAAGACAGAGUUUGUGGUGGACAAUGGCCUCAACCCCGUGUGGCCGGCCAAGCCCUUCCACUUCCAAAUCAGUAACCCUGAAUUCGCUUUCCUGCGCUUUGUGGUGUAUGAGGAAGACAUGUUUAGUGACCAGAACUUCCUGGCUCAGGCUACUUUCCCAGUGAAAGGCCUGAAGACAGGAUACAGAGCAGUGCCUUUGAAGAACAACUACAGUGAGGACCUGGAGUUGGCUUCCCUACUGGUCAAGGUCGACAUUUUCCCUGCCAAGCAGGAGAACGGUGACCUCAGUCCCUUCAGUGGCACGUCCCUGCGGGAGCGGGGCUCUGAUGCCUCGGGCCAACUGUUCCAUGGCCGGGCCCGCGAAGGCUCCUUUGAAGCGCGCUACCAGCAGCCAUUUGAAGACUUUCGCAUCUCCCAGGAGCAUCUCCCAGACAAUUUUGACAGCCGGGAGAGAAGGGCCCCACGAAGGACUCGGGUCAACGGAGACAAUCGCCUCUAGCUGUGCCCCAGCCUCAUGGAGAGCAGCAGGUGCUGCGUGCCUCUUGGAAUGCCGUGAACUGGGUUCGUUGGAAGCGGCCUGCCAUGGCACCCUUCCUGGUCUCGCAGCCUGGAGCCUGAAUUCCAGCAGAGAAUGCUAGACAAAAACCAAGCCAUUAAGAUGUAUUCCUGUUUGGGGCCACCACAGCCCAGCCUGAGUGAAGGCAAAAACUGUACUGUGUCUCGCAUUAAGCACACACAUCUGGCCUGACUUCUGGAGGUGGAUCCUACCAUCUUAUGGGGCCAGGACCAUGUCCGAAGCCCCUUGGAGAGAGAGGCUGCCUCAGCUGGCAUCACAGGAGGCUCUGAGGAGCAGCAGCAGCCUUGCUGGGCCAGGGAAACCAAGUUUACAUUGUCCUGCAGCUUUAAAACCAUAGCCGGGCAGGGUGGGGGGUGGAUGCCCCCCAUUUUGGCCUUGGAGUUAGGGCACAGGAGCACAGGGCCUGCCCGAGGAGGAGGACACAGCACAAGGGCACAUUGCCCAUGGCGGGGAACACGACCCAGGCUGAAAGAUAAGGGGAUCAUGUUAAAAGCAGUAUUGGGCGUCGCAGGCCAUGGAAGGUUGCCCUGUGAGGGGCCAGUGGAGGCUGAGCCCAGGGCACCACUUGAAGCAGGGACAGGCAACGUGUCCCAGAGCCACAGCAGCGCCUCAGGACCAUGGAAGGACAAGGGCCCAGAACUGGGCGCACCACACCACUGGGCUACACUAUCUGCCACUGCCCAUCACUGAGGACCUGCUUACCAGGUAGACAAGUUUGUGGAUAUACUUGAGGCCUUUGUCGGGAUGAUCAGCACCAGUGUGGCCAGAAUGGAGGAGCAAGUCGCUAAGGCAGAGGCCCAGCUAGGGACUUUGCCCAGCACAUUCAGGAAAUUCCUGCACACAAUUCACAUGUCCUCCUUCAACAAGGCUCUCCAGAGGCCCCAGCAGAUCGGAUAUGAAACCCCGUCCUGAAGACCACUUACCCUGUUACAGUGGAAGCCCUGGGGUCUGAGUGCCAGCCACCUGCCAGAGGGCGCUGCCUGGGAUGAUCUCAAGUGUUCAGUCAACUGAAAACCCUAUUAUUAGACAUACAUGAUGUUGGAGUAUAGAAUUUUAAAGUUUAUUUUUUGCACACUAUUUCUCACUAUCUUCAUUAUUUCACAUAGGAUGUAUGAUUCUUCUAUGUCUUCCAUGUCUAAGCUGCUUGGUGAAGGGAUCGGGGAAGCCAAGUGAAAGAAUUCAGCUGUGCACUGUGGCAGAACUGUUACUUUUAUGGGUUUUCCAGCUCAGCUAACAGCGUGACUUUUUCACAAUUUGUAUCUACUCUUAAGAAAAACCACUGAGCCGUUAAAGCCUUGCUAUUAUUUGGUCCCACUAUUGAUUUCAGUUUCCUAUAGCUUACUUUUAGGGUAGGUGGUCAAUUAUUUAACAUUAUGUUAAACUCUCCUUAUCAUGAAUUGUAAACUGAAGGAAAUCAUACAAUUUCUGAGGAAAUGUAGAAAGGAUGACCUCAAAUCCUGAUUAUAGCAAACAUGUCUAUAUAUGGUUGCCAACGUUUGGUUUAUAAUAUAAAUAUUAAAAAUUUUAAAUUUUAUUGGGAAAGCUUUCCUUCUAAAAAGGACUUUUUAAAAAAGUAUUUUUUUUUUCUCAAUGGUGUAACUUACUCCUCCUACUCCUCACCAUGGAGAAGCCUCUGAGGAGAGCAGCAGGUGGUGGCCUGCCCUAUUGGGGGUUCAGUUUGGGGUGUUAAGGCACUGACAGGAAGGGGGUGGGAAGAGAGGAAAUAGCAAAGCUUAUUCUGGUGAGGUGGUUUUUUUUUAAGGUGAAAAAGACUUAAUGCGCUUUCCCUUAGGACUGGAAGAGGGAUCAAGGAGUUGCCUGCCUUGUGGGAGGUCGGGGGACAGGACAGGCAGUCAGGUGCUGAAUGAAGCCUCUGAGCUGAUGGCAGCUUCUGUCUAGCUGGUUGAAAGGUCCAAGGAAGGAGAUGGAAGGCAGCCCCAUCCCGAAGGGCAGGUUGGGGCCAGUCCCGAGGGUGCUUAGGUGCCUCACACACGCAACCCCAUUGCCUGCAUUUGGGCUCAGGUUUAGCCAUUGCUAGUUCUGCUGCUCUCUUAAGAUCUGACUGCCAAAUAAAUCAUCCUUGUCUCCUUUCUCCUUUAA